AUGUCCACUCUUCAGUCGCUCGUUACUGAUGCGUCCCAUGGCAAAGGGUUUCACAUAAUAGAAGACUAUCUCCAGCAGAAGGAGAGCCACGUGCCUCAAAAAUACAACCAACGUCUCCUACACCAUCUUGACAGAUCGAUAAAUCAGGAACUGGAUAAAAAUGAGUUCCAGAAUUGUUCCCUGCUGCUGAAAUGUAUCCAGAGAUUCUGCAAAGAUGACCAGGGCCAAGAAGAGCCCUUGCUAAUUCAGCAGGGACUGAUCCCAAAGAUGGUUUCCUGGUUUGAACGGGUGACAGGAUUUCUGAUCACGGAAGACCUGGCCUCAGAUGCACAGCUGAUGAACACCAUGGGAGACUUCCUUGACACUGCCCUGAUCAUUUCCAGGCACAGCAGGAAAGGGUCAAUCCAGAUGUUGGACUCCUUCAUAUUUAGUUUAGGAUUCUUGGUGACAGAAGGCACCGUGAAGCCCUCCAUUCAGCAGGAGGCUCUGAGUACUCUGAACGGCAUUUUGGACGCUGCACCCCGGGAAGAGAGAAGAAAGGUCUCUUCAGCAGAAGGCACAUGUGAUCUUAUGAAAGAAUUGGCAAGGAUGAUCUUGACUGUGGGAGAUUAUAGCCAGCAGGUUGCUCUUUCAGAGGCACUGUGUAGGAUGGCCGUUGGAACACUGAGAAAUGAGCUUGCUUUCCAGUGGUUUCAUGACGCAGUCCUGGCUGAAGCUUUCAAAGAAAUUAAGAACCGAGAAUUUGAGACGGACUGUCGGCAGUUUCUCAAUUUCCUGAAUGACAGACUUGGUGACCAGAGAAGGGUCUAUUCAUUCCCUUGCUUAGCUGCUUUUGCUGAGGAUCAGGAGAUGAGAAAACCAGCGGAUGAAAAAUUAGAGGAAUUUUGGAUUGAUUUCAACCUAGGAAGCCGAAGCGUGACUUUUUACAUAGAUAACAGAGAGAGUGCUCUGUGGGAGCCAGUACAACUCUCAAAGGAAGCAGUGGUCAAGUUCAGCGUAAUGGAAAGUGAUAGGAGGAAGAUAUUAAUCAUUUACCUGAAAGAGCCGAUUAUUAUCAGCAAGAAAGAAGUAAAGACAAUAGAAAUCCACUUCGACAGACAACUCGGCAUAUCACAAGCUUCAGUUCGAGCUUUGGGAGAAGAUGGACAGACUCCUGUUUUGACAAAAGUCUCCCCUGACUUUGAAAACGAAGAUGGUGAGAUUCCCAGUAGCCACGAAAGAGAAACAGUAACUUCUUUUUCCUUGCAGCAAACACAUACAGAAGACAGUUCACCUGAAAAACCAAAACUACAUGACCCCAAACAAGUUACUUCAAAACAUAAGUAUCCUUCAGAUAUGCAAGAACCAUCAAUUCAAACUCAGGCUUCUAAAUUAAAUGAUACAAAGGAAGAUUCUGCUUUUGAGGAGGACAGAGGACAAGACAGGAGGAGGCCGUUUAAUUUUAGGAAACAUUACUUCUCCGAGAGUAAUGAAGAUUCAGGCUCAAGCACCAGUAAACAAUUUUGGACCCAGAAUUACAAACGGAAAUCCUCAAAAACAUAUUCCCAGAGGAGGAAGCUGAGAAUCAGUUCUUUCAGGAUCCUACCACUUUCCCCCAUCAGGAGUGACAGAGCCUGCAAGGAAGAUCAGGCUACGCUAACACCACUAUGGAAAGGCAUCUCCAGGCAAUCUUUUCCAGAGUUCUCUGAUAUAAAACUGCAAGGUAGUUCUGUGCUUUUAACUCCCAAGGCAUCUACACAGAAAAUAGCAGAGAGUUACCUGAAACAAGAUGAUCCCAUUUAUAAUGGGAAAAAUAAUAGGAAUAAAUUAAGCAAGAAAGUGAAAGUCCUCUCUACUGAAGAAGGAAAAAAGGCACUAAGGAAAGUAUUUGAAGAAGAACUUCAAAGUCCUCUGUCAUUGGGUAGUCUCUCUCCCUUAGAGCACCCUGAAUUUGAAGAAAACAUUCCUCAGAUUGCAAACAGAGAGACGUUCAUGGAAAGCAGUAGCUUCAAGCACAAGCUAAAAAACUCAGAACACACAGAGGUACUAGAUGGAGGUAUUGCUGCCCCAAAGCAAUCAAGAUUAGAAGAUGCUCCAGAAUCCCCCGCUCUGACAGAUACUUCUACUCCAUCCCAAGAAGAUGUGUCAGAAAAUGCAAAUAGUUCUGCUUUUAAAACAGCCUUUGAAAACUUCACUAGAGAGCUGAAGAGAAAAUUUGAGGUAUCACUCAAGCAGAAAGAGAGUCCACUUUCUUCAGAGAAGACAAAGGAAGUGCCAGGCUGCCUAAAGAGAUUUUGGAACCAGAUAAACACAUGCAGACUCAACAAGCUGGAGAGGUUUCACAGUUCUGUUCUUCAGGAGCUGAGCGACUUGGAGAAGGAUCUUCAGGCUCUCAAAUGCCUUGAAGAGGAUGCUCUGGCAAGUUCCUUGUUUGUCCUGUCUCUGGGAAUAAAGAGGAACUUUUCUAGGAAAAAGGAAGCAAGGGGUGUUUGGUCAAAAUCUUUGUUCCUUUUCAGGAAUUUUGGGAGAAACAGUCAUCUGACUUGCAAACGCUGA